GUUACAAUUACAGAUCCAGACUUGAUAGAGAAAUCCAACCUGAACAGGCAGUUUCUUUUUCGACCUCAUCACAUACAGAAACCUAAAAGCUAUACUGCAGCAGAAGCAACUCUGAGUAUCAAUCCUUACUUAAAGAUUGACUCGUAUAUUAAUAAAGUUUGUCCAGCCACUGAGAACACUUACAGCGAUGAAUUCUAUGCCAAGCAAGAUGUGAUUGUGACCGCUUUGGACAAUGUUGAGGCAAGGAGAUACAUUGAUAGCCGUUGUGUAGCAAACCUGCGUCCUCUUAUAGACUCUGGAACUAUGGGAACAAAAGGACACACAGAAGUUAUUGUGCCCCAUCUGACAGAGUCCUAUAAUAGUCACCGGGAUCCACCAGAAGAAGAAAUACCUUUUUGCACCUUGAAGUCUUUCCCAGCUGCCAUUGAGCAUACGAUACAGUGGGCAAGAGAUAAGUUUGAAAGUUCAUUUUCUCACAAGCCUUCAUUGUUUAACAAAUUCUGGCAAACCUAUCCAUCCGCAGAAGAUGUUUUACAGAGAAUAAAAUCAGGGGAGAGCUUAGAAGGCUGUUUUCAUGUUAUUAAAACACUCAGUAGAAGACCCCGAAGUUGGACUCAAUGUGUGGAACUAGCAAGAGUAAAAUUUGAGAAGUAUUUUAGCCAUAAGGCUCUUCAGCUCCUUCAUUCAUUUCCCCUUGAUACACGAUUAAAAGAUGGAAGUUUGUUUUGGCAAUCACCAAAGAGGCCACCUUUUCCGGUGAAGUUUGAAUUUAAUGAUCCUUUGCACUAUGGCUUCAUUGUGAGCGCAGCAAAACUCUUCGCAACAGUGUACUGUGUUCCUUUCACAGAAAAGGAUUUGUCAGAGGAAACUAUUUUGAAGAUUAUUUCAGCUGUGAAGGUACCAGAGUUUAGACCUUCAAACAAAGUUGUACAGACUGAUGAAACUGCAAGAAAACCAGAUCAUAUUCCAGUCAGCAGUGAGGAUGAAAGAAAUGCUAUUUUCCAGCUGGAGAAGUCUAUACUAUCCAAUGAAGCUCUGGAAAAUGACUUGCAAAUGAAGCCCAUCUCCUUUGAAAAAGAUGAUGAUAGUAAUGGGCAUAUAGAUUUCAUAACAGCAGCAUCAAACUUGCGAGCCAAGAUGUACAACAUCGAACCAGCAGAUAGGUUCAAAACAAAGCGCAUUGCUGGGAAGAUUAUUCCUGCAAUUGCAACAGCUACUGCUGCAGUAUCAGGGCUGGUUGCACUGGAACUCAUCAAAGUUGUGGGUGGCUACCCAGCUGAUGCAUACAAGAACUGUUUUCUGAACCUAGCCAUUCCCAUAAUGGUCUUUACAGAAACUGCUGAAGUAAAAAGAACUGAAAUCAGAAAUGGGAUAUCAUUUACAAUCUGGGACAGGUGGACAAUUUAUGGGAAAGAGGAUUUUACUCUGUUGGAUUUCAUAAAUGCUGUCAGAGAAAAAUAUGGAAUUGAACCAACUAUGGUGGUACAAGGAGUCAAAAUGCUGUAUGUUCCUGUGAUGCCAGGUCAUAUUAAAAGAUUAAAGCUGACGAUGCAAAAGCUUGUGAAACCAUCAGCUGAUAAGAAGUACGUGGAUUUGACGGUAUCGUUUGCUCCAGAAACUGAUGGAGAAGAAGACUUGCCAGGGCCGCCAGUGAGAUACUACUUUGUUCAGGAAGACAAUUGAUGGUAGAGACACAAAAGUCACUCCUGGACCAUUUGUUCUGAAAGGAGUGUGCUAAUUUUCAGCUAUUAAAGAUGGUACUAUAUAUUUCUUUUUGGUGAAGCCUUAAUUAAAACAAAUGGUGAAAAUCAGUGGCUUUGUACUGAAGACAAACUGGAUUUAUGUUUCAUCUGCUCCUGUUUUCUUCAAACCUGUUUGCUCAAAGGAGGAUUGGUCACUCCGUGAGAUGGAAUGUCCAGUGCAGUCCUUACCUUAAAGACAAGAUCUGUAUUGAUUUGCGGGGAGCUGAAGAAACCAAGAAGAAUGGUGAAUCUAACAAAUGCUCACCACGUGCAAAUUAGGCACUGCUUAGAGAAGAGUGCAAAAAAUGGGGAAACUGCCAUUUUGUGAUACUCCUGGUGUUCUAAGAACAUCGCAAAUCCAUUUCAUAUGUUACUUAAUUCUCAAACAAGAAUUUCAUUCUUGCCAUCUACACGUG